AUGAACGUGGGCUCCGUUUACGACGUGCACGGCAAGGCCCUGCCCUCGCCCGGCGCGAACAAGCUGCCCCCGCCGCCCCCCGACGACCACUUCUCCCACUACGCGCCCCCGCCGCCCCCUCCAAAAUUGGGCUUCGACCCCGGCCACACCGCCUCAGCCGGCCUCCGUCCAGCCGUCAUCGACACCUCCGCUUCCGUCCACUCGCUUGCGCCAGGCCCCCACAGCGCCCUGCCGCCCACACCCACCAGCCCAGCAGCCUCCGUCGCGUCUGCGGACGCACGCGUCAAGAAGUCCAAUCCCCUCAUCGAUCUCAUAGAGACGGAGAAAGCGUACGUCGAUCAGCUCACUGGUGUCAUCCGGAAAGUGGCCUCAGCAUGGUCUCGCUCGAGCCUGCCCCCUCCAGAGCUCGACACCAUGUUUCGCAGCUUAGAGAGCGUGUACAAGGCCAAUCGCUCGUUGCUCGCCCGCUUGAAAGACAUCGGCACGAACCCAUCCAAUCCCAAGGCCCUGGGUGACCUUCUCAUGCAAUGGAUUGAAGACCUCGAGGCGCCCUAUAGCAACUACUGCGAAAAGUUCUGCGUGGGCUUCGACACCUGGGAGCCCGUGCAGAUCAAUUCACGACUCCCCACGAUGCUGGCCUCCUUCUCCGCUACCAAUCCUCCCCCUCUACCUUCAAACGGGCCUCAACAUCCGGCUGAACCCCCGCUCUGGACACUAGAUGACCUCUUCAUCCUUCCCAAGGGCAGAAUCAAGUACUACAGGAAGCUCUACGGGCGACUGCUCAAGGCCACCCAGCCUGGCCGGAAAGACUACAAGCUGCUCGCUGGCGCUGCAGAGAAGCUCGACAGACUGAUGAGCGUGAUCGAAGGUCGGGCCAGUGUCCGCGUGGGAGAACCGGCUACCGUGGAAGAGACCGAGGACGAAGUCGUCGUCGACUUUCGAAGUCAGAUUGGGGGCUUGUCGUUGCCGCCGACGCCCAUACGUGAUGCAGGCUCGGCGCUGGAAAGCCAAGUCAGCUCUCCGCGCGGCUCGAGCCUUUCUAGCGGCGCACGGUUUUCGGGAGACACUGGGUCGACCUCCAUCGACCGUGGGCCGUUGUCGAUACCCAUCACUGACCUGGAAAGGCGACUCUCGGUCGACAGAUGCUUGGACAUCUUCACCAUGAAUCCCAAGCAAGUGCGGCUCCAAAUGCUCCCGCCGACGCUGUCCUUCAAGCGAGACGUGCGCCUCGCCGCGGACGUCUUCAUCCGCUUCACGCCCAAAUCGACGGGCGUGGACGUCACGCAUCCGGCAGGGAGGAUCUUCGUGCUGUCCGACCUCUUUCUCAUCGCUGAACGGAUGACGCCGGAGGACCGAGCGGACAGCCCGGAAGCUGACAUGUGGUUGUUGUACCCGCCGCUGGCGGGCAAGUUCCUGAGAAUUGCGGAGGUCGACGGACAAGACAAUGCGCUGCAGGUGCACAUCAUGCGGAAGGAGAAACUCGUGUUGGAGUUCGACUCGGUUUCUAUGCGCAAUCGGGCGAUCACGGAUUUCCAGGAUUGCAUCGAGUUUGCGGCAGCCAUGGCGUCGUCCGCCAAGCAUCCGGUUCCACCAAUGCCAUCGUUCAAUGGCAUACCCAAGUCCCCGUCAGCACCUCUCCCCUCGGAUCGCAACGGUCCACCUCCGUCGCACUCUGCGCCGGAUCUGGACAAUCCAUCCAUGAACGGCAGCUGGAGUCCGCCGUCUAAACGAUCUUCAUCGCCAAGUGGAGGCCCACUCGUGACUGCGUUUAAUGAGCGAGGACAGCGGAGCUCAGACACGCUUUCGCGUAGUAGCACGAACAGCGGACCGCUCUCCGAGGGCAUGUCGAAGCUGGUGCUGUCCCCGGAGGUACAGAUGCAGCAGGGCGCUCAGCGGGUCCCUGCCCUUCACGACCCGUUGCCUGGUCCCCGCCACCCCAUCCGCACCUCGUCGCAAGCCCAGCACUUCGCCGCUCCGGUGCCGCUGCACAUCGAUCACCAGCAGCAGUCGUUCGCUCCGGGCGAGAUCGUCGCGAGUCCGACGCACGGUCCUGGCCAGGGGAUGUCUGGGCCAGGGUACUUUGGUCUCGGGCAGGUCAUGCCGGGGCCUGGGUAUGGCGCACCUCCCCCGCGAGGUGCGAGCGCGGGCCCGAUGGGCCGCUCGCCCCCUCCGAACCAGGGACCGCCGUUCAACGGCCAGCGGCCGUAUAUGCAGGGCCCGCCGGGUGGCCCCAUGCAGGCUCCAAAUCCUCCCUAUGCGUCGAUCCCCGGCCGAGCUCCCUCUGAUCCCUCGUUCCAAGGUGGCAUUCGCCGGAGUCCGUCGGGUGGUAUGGGUCCACCGAAUCCGCCGUAUGCGUCUCCCCCCGGUCGCGCGCCGUCAGACCCAUCGUUCCAAGGUGGCGUCCGCCGGAGUCCGUCGGGUGGUAUGGGACCACCAAAUCCGCCAUACGCCUCUUCUCCUGGUCGCGCGCCGUCCGAUCCGUCGUUCCAGGGCGGCCUUCGCAAGAGCACGUCAUCUCGGUCUCUCGCUUCCCAGUACGACGGGCGGUUCUCUGCGCUGAGCGCGCCGCCGAUGCCGCCCCAGCCCGGCUAUCUUCCUCGCAACGACUCGUUCUCAUCCAUGCAACCCCCGCAACCGCCGCUGCUUCCGUCCGCGCAGCUCUCGUCGCGCUCGAUCUCGAUGGUGGGCUCCUUCGACGAGCCGAGUCCCCCGGGUUCGCCGAUCGAGGAGACGCGGCCGCCCUCGGGCCCCGUGACGUCGACGAUCUCGGCGCAGAUGAAGUGCAAGGUGUUCCUGAAGCAGCAGCACGCGCAGUGGAAGUCGCUCGGGUCGGCGAAGCUCAAGCUGUACCGCCAGGAGCCGACGAACGUGAAGCAGCUCGUGGUCGAGGCGGACGACAAGCGCGCGUCGGUGAUCAUAUCGACGAUCGUGCUGUCCGACGGCGUGGAGCGCGUCGGGAAGACGGGCGUCGCGAUCGAGCUGAGCGACCAGGGCGCGCGCACGGGGAUCGUGUACAUGAUCCAGCUGCGCAACGAGAAGAGCGCGGGCGGCCUGUUCGACAGUCUGAUCGCGGGCUCCGAUCGGAGGCAGAAGCUGUAG